AUGCCCCCACCUCAGACGACACACAUUAGACCCCGUUCUGCGCUACAGAGGUCUGACUCCUCUCAGCGAUCUACAACCACACCCGUCGACAACACCCGUGAAGUAGGCUCUUCGAAUGCCACUAGGGGCGCUGUGUCUGUCCAACCGAAACCCGCGCCUGGAGAUACGGAGGGGAAUAUUCGAGUUGUUAUACGCUGUCGUCGCCGCUCGGAGCGCGAGAUUCAGGACAACUCUCCGAUUAUCGUCACUACAAAUGGUCCCAAGGGUGAAGACAUCACCGUCGAGGCAUCUGUCCCUACCUCUACCUUUGGCGUCGUUGCGCUUCCCACGACGCGGACAUAUCCGUUUGACAUGGUAUUCGGACCAGAAGCUGAUCAGGCCACCGUCUAUAACGAUGUUGUGCACCCCAUGCUCGAGGAAGUCCUCUUGGGGUACAACUGCACUCUGUUCGCAUACGGACAGACCGGAACAGGGAAAACACAUACUAUGCAGGGCGACCUUACCACCACUCCGCUCGGCAAUCCUUCUCAACAAGCCGGAAUGAUCCCCCGUGUUCUCUUCAAGCUCUUCCAACAUCUGGAAGCGACUUGCACAGACUUCAGCGUGAAGAUCUCGUUUGUAGAGCUGUAUAACGAAGAAUUGCGCGACCUCCUCGCUCCGGAACUUCAGGCUCCGUCCGGGUCGAAUCAGCCCAUGGGGAUGGGCGUCCAGAAGGACACCUCUCAACAAGUAAAUCUUAAGUUGUUCGAUGACUCCAAAAAGGGAGGAGUAAUUAUCCAGGGCUUAGAGGAGACCCCCGUCCGGACCGUCACGGAUGCCCUUGCCCUUCUAACGAAGGGUAGCCACCGAAGACAGAUUGCAGCGACCAAAUUCAACGAUCACUCAAGUCGAUCCCACUCCGUCUUUUCCAUAACCAUUCACACCACCGCGGCUUCCACCACCGGCGACGGUCUCCUCCGCGUCGGGAAGCUCAACCUCGUCGAUCUCGCCGGUUCCGAGAAUAUCGGCCGUUCCGGUGCAGAGAACAAGCGUGCGAGGGAAGCUGGUAUGAUCAACCAGAGUCUCCUCACGCUUGGUCGAGUCAUCAACGCUCUCGUUGAUAAUUCUCCCCACGUACCGUAUCGUGAAUCGAAGCUCACUCGCCUCCUCCAAGACUCCCUGGGAGGUCGUACCAAGACUUGCAUCAUUGCAACCGUUUCGCCCGCCCGCUCGAACAUGGAAGAGACCCUCUCGACGCUCGACUACGCUAUCCGCGCCAAGUCAAUCAAGAACCGGCCCGAGGUGAACCAGCAGAUGACGCGCAACGCCCUCAUCAAGGACUAUGUCGCCGAGAUCACGCGCCUGCACGCGGAUCUCCGCGCCGUCCGCGAGAAGAGCGGGAUCAUCAUCUCGGAGGAGAGCUGGGCGAAGAUGACGGCCGAACAGGAGCUCAAGGAGACAGAGCGCCUUGAGGCGGUCAAGCAGGUCGAGAUUCUCGAGGGGCAGAUGAAGGCCGUCAGGGAGGAGUUCGAGGAGGCGAUGACGUUGCUGGCGAGGACGGACGAGGAGCUACGGGAAACGAAGGUUAGACUUGAGGGCACGACGACGGAGCUUGUGGGGACGAAGCAGCAGCUGGCCGCCGUAGAGGGCGCGCUAGAAGAGGAAAUCUAUGUUCGCCAGGUGCACCAGACGAGCGAGGAGACGCUGCAUGGUAUUGUCGAGGAGUGGAAAGACAUCGCUCGCGAGUACGAGGGCGAUGUUACCGGCCUGUUCAGCAAACUCGACCGCAAGACCGCAGCGUUAGGCGCAAACGUGAAGGCUGUCGGCAUCCACAGCAAAACGCUUGCGAACGAGUCCCAGACGAUGUCAUCGAAGGUCGACACCUUCAUGAAGGCCGCCACUCAACACCUCAACAAGGUCAAGACCGAGACCGAGCAAUUUCAGAACAAGGAGAUCGAGGCUCUCUCAGUCAUCUCUAACCGCAUCAAGGAGCAGCUCGAGAAGGUUCAGGAAUCGCUCAAACUUAUUCAAGCCAAGGAGGAGACUUCCAAGGAGACCAUCGACGCCAUGAAGACUACUAUCACCGAGGCUCAGGAAACGAUGAAGACUGGCUUCACUGCGUACGCUGAGGAGCUCCGUCAGCAUUGCGAGUUCAUCUGUCAGGAAGCCGAGACGUCCAGUCUGGCUAGCUGUAGUGUCGUCGAGAAAACCUUUCAGGAGCUUGGCACUCUCACAGAGGCCAUCAAGCAGGAAGCCCUCGAAUUCAUCGCGACGGAGCGUAAGGCACUCCAAGAGGCGAAAGCGUUAGCGGACAACACGACAAAUACUGAGAUCCUCAGGCUCAAACAGCAAAACGUGCUUCUGACCCGCCUGCUUGAGACCGAGCGAGUCGAGGCGAAGCGCUCCGCCGACGCAUUGUUGGAACGCAUCGCCGGCCUCCUCGGUGAUUACACGAACGAACGUGACCGCAGUCUUCGCGAGACGUUCUCCGAGAUGACGGGCAGCAACACCACGGCGGAGUACGAGAUGCAGCAGCUGGGUCAGAGGCAGGGUCAGCAGCUCGACGCUGCUGUUGCCCGCGGAAGCCAAUGGAGCGAGCAUCUUACUAAACGGGGUGUCGAGGGCAAGAGGUUGCGGGAUGGUGGCAUCAAGUCCGUCAAUGCUGCCAAGCAGUCAAUUCGCGAUGGGCUCGCAGAGGUACAGGAAGCCAUCUCAUCAUCGACAAGCGAGUUCGCCCAGGAUGUGCAACGUAUCAUCCAAGGCUCAAACACGACGCUCACGCAGGCAUUCGACCGCGAGCACCGCGCGAAACGUGCACGCAUUGAAGCGACGGAUGGUCUCGUCACAGAGGCGCAAUCAGGCUAUCGUUACAUGCAACGCGGUCUUGCGUCCACAUCGAGAUCUAUUGAAGGUUCGACAAACCGCAUACUCUCAGAGAUGUCGGGUAUGGAGAUGGCAGUUGAUGCUCUCAACGUUGCUGCCUCGACAACACUCGGUAAUAUUCGUCGUACAACCCAGAGUCUCGCAGAAGAGGGCACAAGAGAAGACAAACCCACAGGCUCGACCCCGCGUAAGCGUGGCCGGAGGGUCGUCGAGGAUUUCCCGCCCACAGAGAGUAGAGACGUCCUCGUCCGCCGUUUCAGGGCGAGAGGCGUAUCCUCCGUAGGCAGCGAGACUUUCCUUGCUGAGCACCUACCCUUGCCUGACGGCGGGGAAGCCCAGUCGCCAACGUUAGACGGUAUGGUUAUUGACUCUCCUGUAGACGGAGCUGUCUCGGACGAAGAGAACCGCUUUGAGGCCACCCCCACAAACUCUCCACCUCCACUUGUCAAAUCCUUAGCGUCAUCCUCUUCAUCAUCCACGUCCGCAUCGACAACUGCAUCGAUCCCUGUUCCUGCCAUCCCCUCCAUACCUGUACUCAAACAGCCGACAAAGCUUGGUACCCUUACAGAGCGGUCAACCAAUGUCGGCGUACGCACACGACCGCAGCGCUCCAGGCGGACCGUCGCACCGCGAUAGGGCCUUCAUCGUAUAUCUACUACAGAAUUUUCUAGCAUCGCUGCCCCAGACCGCACACGACUUUUUCUUCAAUUUGCCUGUAACUUUAUUCAUACUUCUUCGCUCUGCUGUCGCUGUCGUUUGUAUUGUAUCCCGUACCAUAGCGAUACCGG